AGAGGGAGGCGGCGGCGCGCUCAGUCAGGCAGUCAGUCCGCGAGUGGCCUUCAGGCUGCAGCAGCAGCAGCUGGCGAGGAAGAGGAGGAGGAGGAGGAGGAGGAGGAGGAAGAUGCUGCGCUACACCUCCGGCCUCACCCUCACCACCACCGCCCCCACCAAGCCCCUCGACGGCGGCGGCGGCGGAGAGACCACCGGCGGCAGGAGGAGGGCAAAUGUUUGCCGGCUGCGUUUAACCCUGCCCCCUGAAGAAGACUCACUUUCUCAGGAAAGAAAAAAUAAAACAGAAAAAACCAAAAAGUGUCUCUACCAGGUUCCCAAUGGAUUGUCCACGGGGAACUUCUCACCUGGCGUGGUUUAUGGUGUGGUGCACAGAUCUGAUAGUAAUCAUAACAAAGAAAUGGUGGUCUAUGGAUGGUCAACUCACCAGCUGAAGGAAGAAAUGAAGUACAUAAGAGACGUGAGAUUAACUUUGGAAAGGGCGAGAAAGAAAAUGUAUGGAGAGUAUGAUGAAAUGAAACGCAAAAUCCAAGAGUUUACAAAGGAACUGACUGUAUCAAGCACUCGACAGGAGUCUUUGGAAAACCAGCUACAGGUGCACUCGGCAGCGCUGGACAGCUUUAGCGAAAUGAACAGCUCGUUGACCUCCGCCUCCAUUGAGCUACAGAAAACCUUAGUUGACGUUACUUUGGAGAACACGGUUAUUCGGGAUCAGAUAAAGAACCUGAAACAAACGCAUGAACAGUCUAUGGAAAAACUGAAGGAGAAGCAGAAGCAGCUGGAAACAGCCCGGGUGGAAAAUGAAUUGCUCAGGCUAAAAGUGGAAUGUUCACAAGAAGCUAAUGCGGAAGUCAUGAGAGAGAUGACCAAGAAACUUUAUAGUCAGUAUGAAGAGCAGCUGCUGGAGGAAGAACAGAACCAUAAACACGAGAAAGAAACCCUCAUAGCCGAGACGAACAGGCUCCUGAAGGCCAUUGAAGAGGCCAAUAAGAGGAUGAGGCUGACCGAGACGAGUUUGCAAGAAAAAGACCAGAGAAUUGGCGAGCUUGACCAGUUCAUCCAGCGGAUGGAAGAGGAACGCCACCAACUACAGAAACAACUACUGGAAUAUGAGCUGCAACUUCAUGGAGCAGACCUUCAUGGCCAGACCAGCAGGCAGAGGUCACACCACUUGGAGGAGGUAACCGCAAGUCUGCGAGAACGAAUCAAACACCUGGAUGACAUGGUCCUUUGCCAACAGAAGAAGGUCAAGCACAUGGUUGAGGAGGUGAGUGAAGCAGUGCAGACCUUGAACAAGAAGGUCCUUAAGACGAAAGUUUUGCAGCUUGUUUUCUGCUUUGCAUUUGCUGCUGAGCAUCGAGAAUUUGCUCUGCGUGGGCCUACCCUGGAGACCGACCCGGGUAUUAAAGUUAGUCCAGGAUGCAGCGGCAAAGCUGCUCGGCAGCGCGAUGAUGAGAGACCGUAUUAUUACAUUGCUAUCGUGCCGGCCAGCUGCACUGUCUACCAACAGAAUGUUCAAAUAAUCUGCUGGGGGUCCCUGGCCCCCAAGGGCAUCCGGUUGGCCUCAACCAACGCCAACUCCUGCCUGGUGGAACACUCCGUAAACUCUGGCCAGGUGAAAUCAUGGUUAGCAACGUUCCACCCCUGGAAAGGCACCCGCUGGGAUGUUCAGACUUGUCUUGGAAAGGCCAGGGAGAGGUGGAAGAAGCAACUCGGGCAUCUGGCAAAAACUGACCCGAGCAGCAGGCCUCUGGUGGCUGUGCCGGUAAGGAACUACUCCCCAUUCAAGAGGGUCCUGGAGUAUUCCUCGAGAACGAGCACGUCCGCCAGCCCGGCUGACCCGGCCCUUCCUCUCAAAUGCUGGUGGGGAGGGGGCGCCCCUAGAGCACUGGCUGCACGUUUCAGCCCUCUUCCCCUCCCCCUGGCCAACCCUUGCCGGAAGGGACACUGUGCUCGCCUGGAGCUACCGACAAUAAAUGGCUCAGCAAAGGUGGCCAGCGACCUAGGCAUCUUCCCUGGAGACCAGAAGGACAAGAGUCAUGACUGUCCCAAGAAAUACACAACUUCUCGAGCACUUUGCACAUGCUCAGAGCACCCUGUGAAGGUGCUCACUGCGGGGGCCUUCAGUCCCAGGAGGAUCAGAGGCAGCAACUACCGACCCUCUCCCGGGUUCAGAUUGGCCGCAGCAGCAAGGGGAGCUGCGAAUUGGCGAACGCUCCGCGGGCGAGGAAGUUUGACCCUGCCGCGCCGCCGUCGCGCACUUCCGGGAAAAUGGCGGCGCCCAGGCGGGCGCGGAAGUGGCUGCUGUAGGGGCGCCGGCGCUCCUCCUGCGGCCAGGUCCUGCGGGUCCUCCCGCUCCUCCGGCCAGGGCGGCGGCGGCGGCGGCGGCAUCAUGGCCGAGGCGGGGUCGCUGCGGGGCCGGAGCCGGCCGGAGCUGCUGGAGAUGCUGCGGCGCCAGGAGAGGCUGCUGGCCGACCGGAACUUCAUCUCGAGGCUUCCGGAUAAAGGUCAGAAGAUUUCUGCUUUUGCAGAUGCGCUGAAGGCGGCGGUGGCCCGAGAGGAGGAGCGGAGGAGGAGGAGAGCGGAGCUGCUGUCCGUGGUCAGGCUGGAGAUCCAGAAGAGGCAGGAGGAGCUGGGCUCUGUCCAGCACGAGGACCAUCAUUCAGCUGCUGGAGAUCCGCCUCUGACGUCUGCCGGUCAUGUGGGCGAGGGGCUCGAGACAGCCGAGCAGAGUCAGCCAAGCGCUUGGGCCACAAAAACCAGGACGGAACCAGAAUCUGAACCAGCCGGGCAGACCCACCAGGACUCCGGCGCUCCUCACAGGGAGGACGGGGUCUCCCAGGCAUCAGCCGCCUCCGAGUGGCCACACCGUGAUCCUGUGGGCAGAAGCAGCGAGGCGCUGGUGGAGGCCUUGGGAAAGAUGUCCCUUGCGGGGAGGGGGCGUGAAGAAGCCCCUGGGAAGGAGCCCGGCGUGGGGUGCAGUGAGGUCCCUUUUCCAGGUGACCCCCACUGGACACCAAAGACGCCACAUUACAUGCAAGUGCUGGACACGCGAGCGAAGAACCCCGUGGAGAGAAAGAGUGCCUUCAAACCCAACAGAAUCCUGGCCGAGUCAAGCAAAUCGUCUGGUGGCUCCUCUGAAGCCCCGUCCCCCGGAGGUGCCGUUUCUGCUGAAGAAAGACGCCGCAGAGAGAAGCAGCACUUGGAUGACGUCACGGCUGCCCGCCUGCCCCCCCUGCACCACGCCCCUGCGCAGCUCCUCCCCCUCGGGGAGUCGAUAGCACACCCGAAAUGGCUUCCCUCUUUGUUGCAGGAAACGCAGGCCAAACUUGCCGCCCAGAAGCUAGUCCAAAAGCUCGGUAUUAAAAUGGCUGCCUACGAGCCAGAAGGGGGAGCGGGAGGCAGCUACCGAGAGCGGAAGGAUGAAGACGGCUACAGUUCAGCGGAAGAUUGAGCCCAAGCCCGGACAGCACCAGUAUCCUCCGGGGCAGGGGGGCCUGCCCUACAACCAGAGGCAGCAGAGCGCUCAGGCUGAGCACAGCUGAGGCUUGUGUCGCCCUCCCAGGGGGUCGGAGGUCACGAAGCGACCCAUCGGGCCAAGGCCUGCUUUCCAGCCACAGUGGCCCAUCCCUUCAGGAGCGGCAGUGGAGUGGGGCCCACUUGAAGUCAGAGGUGCGGCACUUGCUCCUGGACAGUCUUUUCUACCACCAGGUUUUAGAAGCCGUGUUUCACUAUUUUUCUACUGUAUUUUUCUGCUCGAUCCCUGGAAUAAAAGCCUGCCUCACACAGGAAGUUCUGCCCCAGGGCCCUCAGACGUGGUGCUGCAGAGAAUUUCUGCUGGGCAAAUGGAACAGCCUGGCCCUCCUUUCCGUGUUUGGCUUCCAGUGGCUACCAGGUAGAGCUAGAAUGGAGCCCCAGAGCCCCUUGGACUGCAACGAGACUUCGGAGGUGUGAGCUUUCCAGAGUCUGAGCCCUGUUGGUCUCUAAGACGCCGGUGGACUCAAGUUUAGCUGUUCUACAACACGGCUGCCCUCUGGGAUUGCUAGGUACGGGGCACUCCUGCUGAGUGGGGCUGACGUUAUAGGCCUGGGCCGUGUGUGUGGGUGAGGAGGGGGCGGGGCUUCCUGAGAGGCAGACGGCUGAUGCUGCUGGGCUCGCCGGAAUGUUUGUGUGAGGCAGCAGCACUCAACUUUACCUGAGAAGGCCGAGGGGGCAGGUGGGACUCAGCCUUUGCUUGUAGCCGUCUGUUGCAUUCCAGUUCUGGCUCACCAAGGCACGUUCUUGGGGCCCACUUCUGAACACCCCCACGGUGCUAUAUUUCCCUAACUGCAAAACGCUUUGGAGUGUCUUAGCCCUGCCACGGCCAGCCCCACAUGAGGUUCUAAUGAGAGCCCACGAUCAACGGUCCCUUUCCCCAGCCUGCCCCCCCUCCCCAUCUGUCACGUGCACAAGGGAAGGGGCCAGGAAUGUCCGUGAAAGAAAACAUCACAGAUUCCAGAGCAGUGAGAGGCUCAGGGUCGUCUUGCUGUCUGAUAACCCCAGCGAGCACCCGUCAGAGCUGGGGGUGGGUGGGGGGAGAUCUGUGAGCAACAUCUGGACAACGUGGGGCCACCCUCCCACCCCCACGCUGGAGCCAGGCCGCAAUUCUAGCCUCGCAAGGAGAAACAUCGCAGGGCCGGCCUCGCGCACCGAGUCAACAUCCCUGCUUUCAAUUAUUCUCGUUUUCAGAAAGACAUCAGAAUUAAUUACUUAUCCAUAAAGCCUCUUCUGAAGCUGA